AUACAAGUGCUCCGUCUUGGGCUAAACAGUCUUUGUGUAUAUAUGAGUUGGUCAGAGCAUUUAUGAAUGAAUGAAUUGUCUAUACAAUUUCGUCGAGUUAUAUUAACAUUAGUCAUUUGAUAAUACGUCUGUCGUAGUUUCUAAGCAAUGUUCAUUAUGUGUACACUACACACAUUUCAAGUGAGAGCAUUUCGUCCGGCUGCUGUUCUGAUCUGUGGCGAAUAAAUGACUGUAGUAACGAUAAGCAGCCGGUAGGCGGCGCACUUUUAAAGCGCAAAGUCCUCCACAUCUCCAAGCCAAGCAGUACAUGUUGCGUGAAUGUUGUACAGCUUGUUAAUUUGAGUGAUACACAAAGAAGUAUGACACAGAAAUAAUAUUUUUUAGUUUCUAAGAUAAGACGGUACAGUUUCUGUUUUUUGCUUUCUGUAUUUCCAUACCACGUAAUAAUUAAACCCACAGCUUUCUUCUUGUCUGUUUCAUUUCCCAUGUUCCUGGCUCCGAACCUACUACGAGUAAUGUUAACCUCAUGAAUAUUAAUCAGACCAGGCAGACGUUGCCUGGCAACCUUUCUGGAGAGUCCACUCACGUACCUCAUUAAUAUUCACGAGGCGAGCCUUUACCGUAGUAGGAUUCGCUCUGUCCCUUCACGGAUGGCAACAAUGUUUCUGGUGCUUCGUGAGGACUCGGAUGUGAGUCGUGACUGACGUUCAGUGCGCAACAGAAGUUCUGGGACUCGAGUAACUCCUUUUUCACUGAAAUGAAGUUGGGAAGAAAGAAAAACGUUUCUUGUCUUGACUUACUAUGAGACAGUUUGCGUCGCUUUUCAGGAAAGCUGCAUUUGUCAGAGAUGUCCGCCACUGUGCCUUCAACUGUACCCACCACCAGCAGCUCCUCAAUGGACCACCGGACAGUCAUCGUGGGUGCAAUCUGUUGUCUGGUGUUUUUUGUGCUGAUUGUGGUGCUGCUGUUUAUCCUGUACCGGAAGCUUCCCCUCUGCUGCAAAAUAAGGGUUUAUCAGGAAUCUCAUUCUAACAUGGAAGCUCCCCCUCAGUACUACAACAGCAGACAGACUCUAGUCACUUCCUCUGAUGUUGAGCAGACACACAACAUAGGUCAUGAUAAUGUGAGUGCACAGACGGGGUCUUUGUUCCUCAUUGGUGUCCCCAGCAACUACUACCUCUCCUCACAGGAGCCUUCUAUGCCUCGUCUGCCCUCGUAUGAGAGUGUACGCAAGAAAGACCGACAACGGCAGAUCCACAUGAUGAUAGCAGACCGCUUUGGCCUAAAUGGACCUACUGAGACAGAGCCACCUCCCACAUAUGAGGAGAGCAUCCGACAGUCUGUCCAGUCCAUUGACAUCCCGUUUGACAUUGUGGCACCCGAGGAACCGCCACAUGCUCCGGUCACAACCUCCGAAGCUGGUACAGAUUUACCUGCAUAUGAAGCUCUACCUCACAACACGGACUCAUCGCAAGAUCCCAAUAACACUGUUAAUUAAAGCACAGCUCAUGGGAAGAAUGCAAUUUUCUCACAGUGGAAAAUGAACAGCUGUUGAGAUACUGAUGCCCUGAUGGCUGAUUGCAUUCUCUAAGCAGGCCAACAAUGUAGCAAACUGUUCUUGAAUCUGCUGUGCUUGCAAAAGACAGCAAAAAUGGGAUAUGACUUGACCUAUGCAAUAACUUGCACUGCAUACAAGCAGAGGAGAAAGAUGUUGUAUCACUACAGGAAAAAGGGAAGAGAAGAAAAAGAAGAGUAAGAAUGUCUGUUUUUUUUUUUUUAUCCCCUUUUCUCCCAAUUUUGGAAUGCCCAAUUCCCACUACCUAGUAGGUCCUCGUGGUGGCGUGGUUACUCACCUCAAUCCGGGUGGCGGAGUCUCAUUUGCCUCAUGCUACUCUCCGCGAUCCACGCACAAAUUACCAUGUGCCCCAUUGAGAGCAAGAACCACUAAUCGCGAACACAAGGAGGUUACCCCAUGUGACUCUACCCUCCCUAGCAACCGGGCCAAUUUGGUUUCUUAGGAGACCUGAAAAAACAACAUGAAACAGCUGCUUUCGCAACACCUUUAAAGUCCACAUGAAAUCAAAAUGGACUUAUUAUGUUUAAAUCAUUGUUGCACGUUAUUCUAAAGAAAAAAAUAAUGUUUUUUGAAUAUUUUAUAAACAUUUUCGGCUGACAUCACAAAUCCCUCUUACAAACAGUGUUGGAUAAAUUACUCAAAAAAGCAAUCCACUAUAAAUGACUUAUUAUUUCUAUACAAAUUGUAAUCAGAUUACUUUACUGAUUAAUUCAUAGAAAAGUAGUCACAUUACUAAUUAUUUUAAUUUUAAAUUACUUUCUCAAAUACUUUUCACAGAAAAGUGUUUGUUUUUACCGCUCAACAAAUUCAAAAUAAUGUCAAUAUUUCCUCCUUUUUCAGUGUCGCAUGCAUGUCAUUUACUCAAUACCACACGUUUCUCGUAAAGGACUCAUCAGCUGUUUCAGAAAUGCAAACAGACGUACAUAUGAACAUAAUUCAUGUUUCAAAUGUGUUCUACAUAAAUAAUAUUAUUUAAGAAAUAUUUUUAACACAAGUAAUGUACUUAAAAGUAAUUAACUUAAUUGAAUUUCAGUAGUCUGAAUUUUUUUUUACAUUUUACAAUUUAUACAACUUUUUGGCUAAAAAAGUAAUUAGAUUACAGUAACAAAUUACUUCGUAAUUAGAUUACACUCCAAACCACCUGUCAAAUAGACCACUUUAUUAUGGUCUAAUGAAUUUCCUUUUUGAAAACCCUGUUUCAAACGGAAAUGUUUGAGACUAUGGAAGUAAAAUGUGUUGCGAACAAUGUUUUACAUUGAUUUUAAUGUUCAAAAUGUGACAAUACUAUUUCCUGGCCAACAAAAUAUCUGAUAUGAUAUUUUACAGGUUUUCCAUGACCGGGGAACCUUUCGGUUUUUUCUCCCCAAUUUGGUAUGCCCAAUUCCCAAUGCACUCUAAGUCCUCAUAGUGGCGUAGUGACUCGCCUUAAUCCAGGUGGCGGAGGACGAAUCUCAGUUGCCUCCGUGUCUGAGACCAUCAAUCCGCGCAUCUUAUCACGUGGCUUGUUGAGCGCAUUACUGCUGAGACCUAGUGCGUGUGGAGGCUUCACGAUAUUCUCCACAGCAUCCACGUACUACUCACCACAUGUCCAACCGAGAGCAAGAACCACAUUAUAGCGACCACGAGGAGGUUAACCCAACGUGACUCUACCCACCCUAGCAACCGCGCCAACUGGUUGCUUAGGAAACCUGACUGGAGUCACUCAGCACGCCCUGGAUUCGAACUCAUGACUCCAGUGGUGGUAGAGGGGAAACCUUGUUAAUAUUACUCUUCCCCCCCCGGUCUUGGUGACAUCAACAGAAAAACAAAUGCUGUUUUUAAAGGCAGAAAAAAAUAUAUUUCGAGUAUGAAAGUAAUUAUGAAAACAAACGUUUUUCUUUUGUAAAUAGUACACUGAAAAUUAUGUUAACCUAAAAAUGUGCUGUAUGUGGUAAAAAGCAACAUUAACUGAUAAUAUACAAGCCAAAAAUAUUAUUUAACAUCACUGAAUCAACCUGAAUACAUUAGGUUGCACAAAAAAAACUAAUUUUAAGGGUUAAAUUAGUUAGAAAUAAAACCUUAAGGUAACAAUUGCAGGUUAGCACUUUUUACAGUGUCCAUUUUGAUUUCAUGUUGUCUUUAUCACAAAGAUGGCAGGUUAUUUUGAACCAAACUGAUAUACUGUUUUGAAAUUUGAUGCACAAAAAAGAAUAUUUAAAGUCAUGUUUUAAACAUUACAGGGAAGAUCUUUUUUCAUAAAAGUGUGCUUUUUCAUGAGGAUUUAUAUUCAUUUAGCAAAAUUUGUUUCUAUAAAUAGAACGAAUUCUAUCAUUAUUUUAGGCAGAGAGAAUAGUGUUCCUGUUUUUUCAAGUUUUCUGUGUAUAUACAGUAUAUAUGUUGUUUAUCAAAACCAAAUGAUGCCUCACAGCUUGUAUGUUUGCUCAGUCUCUCUAUUUUGAAUGACCUUUUAUGAAUGUGCUUAUUUUUCUACUGUAAAUAAACGUCAAACAUUGUGACUGUGUAGUUAGAACAAGAGCUGGACAUGUUUCUGGUGAUUGUAUGCUCAGGGUUAAGUCUCGGCAAAUCUUGUUUUCUUCUAAGGGUUUUCUUUUUUCCCUUUUUCUGUAAGUACAGCACUCAGAGUUGAAGGUCAUUUGUUUGCCUCCACAAAUGAAAUUCAAAUGACUUUGAAUGCGUUUCAUGUGUAACACGUUUGAGGCCACAGGUGUCCUCAUUUUCCUCUGCAGAGACGUUUGCAUCUCUCAAAAGCAGGAGAUGGGCAAGACAAUACUUUGAGAAGAAGAAAGAAGAUUCUUUAGACUGUUGUUUUAUGACUGUUUAAGUAUUAAAUACACAUCACUGCACGAGAUACAACAGCAUGCGUUACAACGUGUGCCAGUUGUAUAAAAUUGUAUGAAUAGCUUGACAUAAUCAUAUUUUUAAUCUUACUGCCAUGGAAAUAGCAACACCUUCACAAACUGAAUGUAUAUAAAGUAGUUCAAAUAAAUAGAACUGUAUGUAAAUACAAUUAAAAAUAA